GCACUUAAUUGUCCAACGUAGUUACAAAAGCUUGUUGCAGAUUCAAGCAGCAAGCGACUUCUGAGGGGAGCUGUCUGUAUUUUCCGUCCGUUCUUUGGCGGAUAGACGGAUAAUUUGAGGAAGACAAGUGUCUUUCAGAAGCUGAUUGUCUUCAAGAGAUUUUUGAGAGAAGCGUUGAAAACGGACAAAAAUGAUGGGUGUCAUGGAGACUUUAUGUUUCGCCGCCAUCUUGCUUUUGUUUACAACGCCUCAAACGGAAUCCCUCUCCAUUAAGCGACAAGUAGCGAGUUCUGAUGCCGAUCUUACGGCCGCUCUAGCAGUUCUCCAACGUCAUCGAAGACAGGCCUCUGACAUAGACUAUCUCAGGAGCUAUCUUUUAGAAAAUCGUAACAAGAUUCCACCGUCGUAUUUAAAUGCUUUAAAUGAAAACUAUGGCCUUAACUUAGAGAGUUAUUAUUCAAAGCAACCGAAUGCAGAAGAUAUUCUAGAUAGGCAGAUGCUUAUGGAUGCAUACAAACCGAAAAAUUAUAAGGAUGUCGGAUUGUUCGAUUUAUAUGAGCCCGAUAAGAGAAAUGUAAAACGCUCUCGAACAGCACCAUCAAAAGCAGAACUUGCUGAAAUAUUUGGCGAUAUCAACAAAGCUUCUGAAAGGACUCAUAAACGACAAAUUUCAACCCAGCUUUAUGGAUCAGAUUUCUCAUCACAAGACGACAGCUUAAAUUCGGAGAAACAGAAAGUGUCCAAGUCAGCAAUGAAAAAAAUGUUUGAAGAAAACAGUGACAGAGACAACGGCAAAGACAACAAUCAAAAGGAAGAAAACGACAAGAAACAUACUCCAGUCAGCAACAGUGAGUUGAAGAACGUAUUUGGAGACGAAGUGGGAGAUAAGGAGGAACAUGCUAAGCCUACAUCUACUCAAGAGCAGGCUCCUGAACCUGCAGGGAAAGAAAGCAAAGAAGAGCGGAGUACCCCAACAGAAGGAGAACGAUUUGAAGCUCUGGCAAGGUAUGAAAACUUGGCAAAUAUCAAAUCGGAGAAGAAAAAACGAGUGGAAAAACGUGACUACGAUUCAGAGAUAGAACUAUCACAAUCUGUAUUGGAUUUGACAAAAACUGUUGCAGCACUUCGUGACGAAGUGGCACGACUGAAGAUUGCUGAAGCCUUAGAAGAUAAAGAAAACGACCUCUUAGCAUCUGCUCUCAAACAGGCAACAUUAGGUCAACUCCAGGGCACAGAGGGUAAUCUGAAGAAAGAGUUUCUAGAUAUACAGAAUGCUAUUAGAGUAGAAGAGCAACUACAAUCAAUCAAAACUCCUGAAGAAGAGGAAAACGAUGAAUCUAGCGAUGAAGAAAGUGUAGAAGAGGAAUUCCCAGUAGCUAACAAGCGACAAACUAUUUAUGAAGAUUUGACCCAAAACGAAAACGCAAAUAUUGGACAGUGGUAUGAAAAUCCCGUAGAUGACGAGGAAAGCAAUGAACAACAAAAGGAAGGGGUUACAGUAAGGUUCCUGAUUUCAGAGGCAGACGACACAAUACGAGCGUUUGCUGCAAAAGCUCUCGCUUAUAAACAACAAAUUAAAGAAAAGGAAAAUGAAAAUGCAAUGGAAGAACUUAUGUCCAGUCUCGGUCCAUCUGAAAGACAACAGCUAGCAGAGGGUUUUCUUGGAAACGGUGCCUAUGAUGAACCUUCAAAUGAAAAUAAUUGUCCAGGUGUCAAUUACCUUACUUCCCAGUGUUCCGUGGCAAAAAUGGCGGGUCUCCGAAUAGACGAUGAAGCAAAGAGUCUCUGCAAUAGGCAUGAAAUAUGUUACACGUGUGGAGGAUCUCUGUCAUUCAGUCAAUCGACAUGCGACGCUGGAUUCCGUGGUGACGUCAUAGAAAUGUGCGGGAAGGACACGGAAUGCAUUGAAAAUGGGGCCAAAUUUCUAUGGUUUUUAAAAUCGGAACACACGUACAACUAUGUUUACCUGGACAAAUGUGACUCUGGAUGUGUUAGUGAUUUCAUAAAAGGUUUAUGAAAUUAUAAUCACCAUUUCAAAAAGUUAUAUGGCUUUAUUAUCUCUUGGAUAUUCUGAAAUUCAAUAUGAUCAGACCUUUGAAAGUCUUUAGAAAAAACCCCC